AUGACGCCGGUGCAGCUGGAGGGCCCGGAGGCCCCGGGUGCUCGCGGAGGCAAAGCGGAGGACAAGGAGUGGCUCCCUGUCACCAAGCUGGGUCGUCUGGUCAAGGGCAUGAAGAUCAAGUCCCUGGAGGAGAUUUACCUUUUCUCCCUGCCAAUCAAGGAGUCUGAUAUCACUGAUUUCUUCCUGGGAAUGUCCCUCAAGGAUGAGGUUUUGAAGAUCAUGCCUGUGCAGAAACAGAUGCGCGCUGGCCCGCGGACUAGGUUCAAGGUGUUUGUCGCCAUUGGGGACUACAAUGGUCAUGGUGGCCUAGGCAUCAAGUGUUCCAAGGAGGUGGCCACAGCCAUUCGCGGGGCUAUCAUCUUGGCCAAGCUGUCCAUCGUCCCCGUGCGGCGAGGCUACUGGGGGAACAAAAUCGGCAAACCCCACACAGUUCCUUGCAAGGUGACCGGCCGCUGCGGUUCUGUCCUGGUGCGUCUCAUUCCUGCGUCCAGAGGCACAGGCAUUGUCUCAGCCCCUGUGCCCAAGAAGCUGCUGCUGAUGGCUGGUAUUGAUGAUUGUUACACCUCGACGCCAUCAAAGAAAGCUAUUGGAAUGACAAUGAUUAUUAAAUUUUGUCCAGUGUUUAAUUCCUUUAAUCCAUUAUUUCUUCAGCCAAAGAAGAUGGAGGAGAGGAAACAACUUGUAUAG